GCCAUACACACUUUGUAUUUUUAGUUGCAAUCUAUAAUUGGAUUGCAUUUAUUAUUCUAAAGUUCAGGCUCGAAGCUCUAGGUUCAGAGAUCAACCACCGUUAAAAACUGGAGCAAGUCCAAACUCUGUAAUAUUAGCCAUAAUCAGGUUAUUAGACUGAAGUCUUUAUCAAGUAUUUAGCUUUGCUUUAUUGUUUUGUGUUUAGCUGGCGAUUAAAAUCUUAAUGGAGUGCCUUGAUCAAAUGUUUCUGAGGGACUUGGAAUUAUAAAUACAACGUGAUUUCUCAACAAAGACAUCAGUUGUCCGCAAGCAACAAUUAAACCGUAAACACAGACAGAAUCUUUAACAAUGUCCGCCACUCUCGUUAUCCUGUUGAGCUGCCUUGCAUACGGCAUUGUAGCCGUUCCUCCAUCAUCAUCUUACUUGCCGCCUGGAAGUUCGCCUGCCGUACGCCCAACUGUCCAAGUUCCAGCAGUUAACCAACCAUCACCAUCCUAUUUGCCACCAGCUAAGGGAGUGGGCAGACGCCCAUCUGUUCCAGCCCCUGUAGCUCCAGCCCCUGUAGCUCCAGGACCUGCUGUGCCUGCACCGGCUGUACCACGCCCUAUUGGAAAACGUCCAUCUGCUUAUCGUCCUGUUGUGCAGCAGCCAGCUGUCCAGCGUCCUGUUGUUCCCGUACCUGCUGUCCCUGCUCCUGCUCCACAGCGACCAGCCCCAAGGCCAAUCCCCACUGGAUCUAAGAGCGGCUACGGCCCUCGUACUGUCGGCGCUAACGCUCCUUACUAAAUUUCAUUACAUCAGAUAAAUACAUGAUCAGCUCCUGAAACCCGAACCUGUGAAC